AUCAAUCUUUUUUACCGACGUCGAUCAAGUUCCUCGAAGUGUUUCACUUCACUUUAAGCGUGGCGGGCGUCCCAGUUUUUUACUAUAUACGCUCAUCUCUGUAUAUACAGAGAUGAGCGCUAGUACUAAAGUAAACAGGACUGAAGUUGGCACUCCUGAUAGUCUCCCCCCUCCCCUGGGAGUUUCCUUAUAAGCUGCGGCUCUAACGAUAAUUAUUUGUCAAUCCAAAUAACGUAUGUGUGGUGAUUUCGUCAAAUGUACGAUUAUUCUAGAUUGAAGAUGUCAAACAAGAUAUAACGAUCUGUGAUAUUGAAACUUUUAAGGAAAUGGAUAGUGAAAAAGAAAAUAAGAGUGAACUGGUUACUUGUAAUUAUCAUAUUUAUAAGUAGUUUUUAAAUUAAAGGCUAAACUGGCCUGAAUAAUUAUGUUAUUUGUUACAACUAACACUAUGUCUAUUUAUUUAAUAAGAGGCAGUAAUAUAAAUAAAUGCGUUUGUUUUAUAAAAAAUAUAGUGGGUCCAAAGAAUGAAAAGGACGAUAUAGUAACACUGAUCCUCGAUGAUUGUCGCCUUGAAGCUUCUAAAGGCAGACUUUCUAGUCAGAGUCAAUACUUUGCUUGUUUAUUUUCCGAUAAAUUUAGUGAUUCCAUUCUAAAAGAACACAUAAUCAGUUAUGACAUUGAAUUGAAAACUCUACAGGAUUUCAUUGAAUGGAUAAAUGAGGAAAUGUUAAUACAACUUGAAAAUAGUCGCUUUAUUAAAUCUUGCCUAGAUAAAUAUACCAGGAAAUCUUACGCAGACCUUGUAGCUCUUUUGAAGCUCAGCGUUCUUUAUACAUGCGAUAAUUUAACCGAAGAUCUAAUAGAAGUCGUAAUGUUUAAUUGGUUUCUACCUGAUCAUUUAAUAAACAUCUGGCUAUUGGCAAAAGAAUUAGGCUUGAAGACCUUGAAAAAUGUUUCAUUCGCUGCUUGUUUAGAGAAAUUUACUGAACUUCCGUGUUCUGCUCUUACCGAGUUAUCAAGAAACGACUUCAUGUCUUUUGUUAGAAAUGUAAAUAUCAAAUGUAAAGCUCGAUAUCUAAUUAUAAUAACAAUACAGUGGAUAGAAAGAAAUUACAGAGGCAAUGUGAUGACGGUAGGAAGACAAUUGCAACUCAUUCUAGGCAACAAUGUUAUGAAAAAUAGGAAACCAAAUAUAUUAGCCUGUAAAUUACGUCGCGAAGCAGUCAAUGAUGAGCAACAACUAUGUGUCAAUUAUUGGGGGGAUGAUGCCGAACUACACAGUAUUCGGUUAAAGAAUGUGACUGCAACCCUUGCAAAAAUCGUGGGCAUGCAAAUUUUAGGAAGAGGAUUCAGUAUAUACUUUAUCGGCGGAAGUUAUGGUUUGAGUUCAGCUUCAUUCAAUGACUAUGUUUGGCGUUAUUGUUUGUUAUCUGAAAAAUUAUAUCGUAUUGGAAAACUUCCGCGUCCUCGAAGACACAUGGUAGCAGUUUUCAUCAAGCAAAAGUUAUUCUUAUUUGGAGGCAUAGGCAAAUACAGGAUGAAACUCACUUCCGUUGAUGUACUAAACUUGCAGACAGGAGAGUGGUCGCAAGUGGCAGACAUUCCUGAAAGCUUUACUAAUGUACCGCUUACAGCCAAAGUAUGUGGACAUAUUGUCUUCAAUAUGACGUCUUUUCAUGUAUUUGAUCCGUUCUGUAACGAAUGGCAUACACUUAGAGGCUCGGGUUCAUUAAUGCCUGACUGUCCUGAAUUAGAUUGGCAGACCAUGGUUCGUUUCAUGGAAUACAGAGAAUGCAUUGAAGUGCCCUCCGCCAACAAAUUGAAUCAGGAAACUAGAGAAUUUAUCUGGUGGUUGGACACCACAACAGAACCAAAACGUCCUCCCCUUUUAAGGAAAGAUUGUAUUCCUAGUUUAGAGUACAAUAUCCCUUUACAAGAAGGAAAGAUUGCAAAAGUAUACGUCACACCAGAAAAUCAAAUGUGGUGUCGAACGGAUGAGGAACAGUCUUUCCAAAUUUUUGCUCCUCAUUCUUUAUAUAAGCAAGUCGUGUCGUAAUAAGAAAUUUUAUCCACGAAAUUGCAACUACUGCCAAUUCAUGGGUUCUCAAGGAAUACCCCGUUUCAUUUGGUUUUCAGUUAUUUAUUCUCCCUCACUGGAGUUUACUUUUCAUAUUGUUAAGGAAAAAAAAAAAUAUAUAUAGAGAGAGACAAAAAGACAAAGAAUGUAUCA